AUGUCGUCAGGAACGGGUGGUGGUGCCAGCAGUAGUAGUGCCGGUGGUGGAGGACCCGGCAUCGGAGCUGGCAGCAGUAGCAGCGGUAGCAGUAGCGGCAAGAAAAGACUCGCCACCUUGAACGGCAUCCCGACGAGCGUCGACGAUAAGACGAACGAUUUUCUCUGCCCGAUCUGCUUCGACAUCAUCAACGAGGCGUACAUCACGCGCUGCGGCCACACGUUCUGCCAUCAGUGCAUUGCGCGGUCGAUCGACGUCGCGAAAAAGUGCCCCAAGUGCAACUAUCCGCUCGCGUCCCACGAGCACAUUGUGCCGAACUUCCUGCUAAACGAGCUCAUCACCAAGCACCGGUUGAAAGGAGGGGGUGUUGGUGGUGGUGGUGGUCUCCUGCAUCGGCAUAAAUCCCUGCCCGGUGAACACUCACCCCAUGGGGGAACCGGCGGCGGUGUGUGUGGUGGUGGUGACGCGACUGCUGGCGGUGAAGGCGACACAUUGAAGCACUUUCUGGCGACGGAAUCGAAAAAGCUGUCCCUCUCGGACGUGAACGUGAUGUUGGAGAUACUGACGCAGCGCAAAACGUUGCUGGAGGCGGAAUCCUGUGCCGCCCAGAACCGGCUGUUGCACGAAUUUCUGAAACAUCUGCUCAAGCAAAAGGAACAACAGCAGCUGCAGAUCGCGAACGAGAUUGCGCUGAUCCGGAACGAUCUGUUGGACGUGGAGAAGGUUCUGAAGGACGUCCAGAGCAGUUGUCCGACGGUAGCGGAGGUGGAACAGAGUGUGCGUGAUGAGAAGGACGAAAAUGUGGUUGCGAUCAAGCGGGAAAUAAUACAAAUCAUAGACACGAUCGAUAAUAUUGCGGUGCCUUCAAAUCGAUCGCUCAUCGACGAUACGUGUUCGAACAUGACCGAGUCGUAUGAGGGCUUUAACUUGCACGGUACGCGCCGUGGCCAGGGUGGAUCGCUUUCCGGCGGUUCACUAACAUCCACACCGUCUGCCUUUAUGGCGCGAAAGCAACGGAUGUAUCAACAUUUCGAUGAUUUCGUUCAGUGCUACUUUGCGGCCCGGAGUGAAGAUCUCUACUUCGGAAAGGAUCGUUCCUGUAGCUCCGAUUCGCUAGGGGUUGGAGAGCGAUCUACCUCGAGCGGUGCUAGCAUCGGUACGGGUAUCGGUGGUGGUGGAAGCUUAAACAGUGACAGAUUAGUGGGUGGCAUACAACCAGGCGCAGCAACCUCGAACGCCUCCAGUCAGUCCAAUCUCGAUACUACGCGAUCCAGUGGCCGCUCAUCGCUCGACACAUUCCGGGAGAGUUUGAUUAAAUUUUCCAAGUAUAGCGCACUGCGACCAUUGGCCACACUCAACUACUCGAACGAUUCAAACUACGUCUCGACGAUCGUGUCGAGCAUCGAGUUCGAUAAGGACAGCGAAUACUUUGCGAUCGCGGGCGUUACGAAGCGGAUCAAAAUUUUCGACUACUACACGGCCAUUCGUGACGCGGCAGUUGACAUUAACUAUCCGAUCAACGAGAUGACCUGCAACAGCAAAAUAUCGUGCGUUAUCUGGAACAGUUACUUCAAGCAGGUGCUGGCGUCGAGCGAUUACGAAGGAAUCGUCACGAUCUGGGAUGUACUGACGCGUACGCGUACGAAAACGUUCGAGGAGCACGAUAAGCGUUGCUGGUGCGUAGAUUUUAACGAAGUCGAUACACGCCUGCUAGCGUCAGGCUCGGAUGAUGCACGGGUGAAGCUGUGGUCGCUUAACGUGGACCAUUCCGUGGCGACCAUCGAAGCGAGGGCCAACGUGUGCUGCGUGAAGUUCAAUCCAAAGAGCUCCUGCCAUUUGGCGUUCGGUACGGCGGACCAUUGCGUGAACUAUUACGAUCUGCGCAACCUAAAGCAACCGCUCUGCCUGUUCAAGGGCCACCGGAAGGCGGUGUCGUACGUGAAGUUUCUCAACACGGACGAAAUCGUUUCGGCCAGCACGGACGGUCAGCUAAAGCUGUGGAACAUCAACUCACCGCCGUUCUGUUUGCGCUCCUUUACGGGGCACAUUAACGAGAAGAACUUUGCGGGGUUAGCGACGAACAAUGAUUAUCUGGCGUGCGGCAGCGAGGACAAUUCGCUUUGCGUGUAUUACAAAGGUCUUUCGAAGCAGCUGUUCAAUUUGAAGUUCUCGAGCGGUAGUAGUGGUAAUGGAGGGUCGGCCAGUGCGGCCGGUACCGGUAGCAGUAGUGGCAUCGGUAACAGUAGUUCGCGCACAAGCGGUCUCCAGUCGACGGAUAUGGAGCGUAGCAACUCGGAGGGGAAUGAGUUUGUGUCGGCGGUUUGUUGGCGAAAGCAGAGCAAUAUUAUUAUUGCUGGCAACAGUGAGGGUGUAAUUAAGAUACUGGAAAUAGUGUAG